AUGCGCAACUGGUUGCCCUGGGAGAACAGUAGGAUGGGGAGAAAAAGAAAUAUUUUUUUCGCGAGGCACGCAAAGGAGAGUAAACGUCAUAAGGAAAAAGAAUUGAAGCUGGCUGAGUUGCAUAAAAUCGAUGAGAAUUACGGCAAAAUGAUAAAGGAG